UUCAAAGCCGACGCGUCACGAUUUGGUCCGCGGCGAUAAUGCGAUCCAGUUUGUCUUGCGAAUUCUGCCGUAAAUCCAAGGUCAAAUGCGUCAACUCAGGCAUCUCACCCUGCGCGAAAUGCGAGAGACUGAGCAGGUCGGGAUGUGAGCUCACAAGACCCCGUGCUCCAUCAGCUAAGAGGGCGUCAAAAAGAUCAAGGAGAGUGGUGUCUACUGGGUCACCAAGCCCUAUCCCUCCUGCGGUAUCUGAGAGACCAUCGGCGUCACAACUUCCAGACGCCCCUCAAGAUAGGCCAUCGAACCUCACACCAUGCCUGGUAACCUCCCCGCCGAUAGAAGCCUGCGGUAAAAACAAUCUCGACCAAUACCUAGCAACUCUUCCGACUGGAAUCAUCCUUAAGGCUUUGAACGUCUUUACUAGCAAAUUUCCCGAGCUCAGGAUACUCCAGCCUUCGCUAUUCAUGGCAGAAUACCAGUCAAGCCGAUCCAUGGAAAGUAAGGCGUUGUUGGCGACCAUACUCGCUGCAACGAAGAAGCAACCAUCUGUGCGUAAUGACUGUUGGGCCAAGGACUUGCCUGACCAGGAGAUGCUGGCAUCAUACGCCCGAGGCAUUCUGUCGGAUUGCAUCCUCCAACCACCAAAAUUGAUCGUGGUUCAAGUGCUCCUCAUCUUAACGCUUUAUGAAUGGGGCGUUCGAGACUUUCACAAGGCUUGGAUGCACUGUGGUAUCGCGAUUCGGAUGAUGCAAUCGCUUCACAGCUCCCGUGUCACCCCCUUUCCCCUCGAUAUCUCGCAUGGGAGCGACCUGGACGAGUUCUCUGCGGCGGCUGAGACAAGGACCUACUGGGCCUGCUUUAUAAUGGACUGCACCAUAAACUCAGGGACCUACAAUCCACGCAUGCUUCUUAUGUCGGAAAUGGAAACCUUGAAAGUCCCCCGGCCUCCAACAUCUGUCGAGUUUGCCUUUGGGUCAGAUACCGCAACGCAUCCCACGGCACAGGGUCAACAAUCAAUACCCACGGGGAAUUGCCCCCCUGUAACUUUGGACAUUGCUCACCACUUCGAGAUAAUUGCAAGCGGCUUCGAUAUUUAUGCCCAGGUAAUGGCAUUUGUGUUCAAUGACGGCCGGCGUGCACCAGGCAUGUGUGCGCCUGAAAACUGUCCUUGGGUGCCAACCUCUCCUUGGGCAGUUUGCCAAAGCCGGCUAGCAAAUUGGAGAGCAGGACAGCACAGUAGACUGCAUUACCCAAAACACAGUGUUGCCGUGUAUAUGACCCUCGGGUUUGGGGAGUCGUUCAUUUAUCUGAACCUAGUGUACUAUCUGAGUGUCAUGAUGUUGCAUCGGGAAUACCUUCCUUUUUUACCAACCCCGGAAUUAACGCCCCGUGGUCCAAUCGACCACCCUCUGCUCGAAGCUGAAGCACCAGCUGGGUGGUGGGAUGACAGUGCUCUUCAAAUGUUUGGGUCGGCUGAACUCAUCAUCGGCCUACUCAGUGAAGCCUCUGAAUGCGGAAUACCGGUGAUGACACCCUUCUCUGGCUUCUGUGCUUUCUCGGCGUGCUUUGUCAAUCUCUACAUCUACCGAUUCCCUCGGAUGAAUCUAAAUCGCAGCCCGCGAGCAAAGGAGCUCAUGGAAAAGGGACUCGAGUAUCUUCGAGAGUUUCAACAUGCUUGGGAUCUCGGUGCUGGUUGGAUCAAAACCAUUCAAAACUCGUCGUUGUUGUAUGAACGAGCCAUAUCUGAUAGUCGGCCAUAUAAAGGCAAGUCUCGCUUCGACUUUGAGACCCUUCAUCAAUCGGUCCACGAGUUCCGGAUUAUCGACAGAUCUGAUCAGCACAUCCAGCAAAUUCACCGAGCCGAGCAAGAUGCAACGAGCCAAGCAAACACUUUGACACGGGAGGUGGCGAAUCUCGAUGGAAACUCACAAGACUCGAGCUCUCAACCUCUCAUGGAUUUGGGAAAUGCCGUCGAUGAUCAAGGGCUAUGGCCAAAUUGGUGGUCUAUGUUGGAGGAGGCUGACUUUUCUGGAGCCUUUAUGGCUAGCUAACGGAACUGAAAGACACGGCCCAAGAGGGGCCUUUGUACUCAAUACACCCCUAAACCUUGACAAAUAUCCUCCUAGUGUGUAUCAAGCGAAUGGAAACAAUGAACAAGAUCCCGAUUAUCGACAUGCCUCCAGCAUAGUACGCCGCGGGUCUGUACUGUGUCACAUCCUGACCAUCCCUUGAGAGCGAAUAGAGUCCCGACGCAAUCGGUGUACCGAAGAAGAAACCGCAAAACCAUGUUGUCCACACAAUAGGCAAAAUGCCGAGAGUGUUUUCGCCACCAAACGUGGCGCCAAUAACGGG